GUCGUGAUGCCGUAUGCAGGCGCCGUGACCGCUUUUGGGUGCUCGUGACCGACGUGGGCAACGGCGCCGUCAUUGUCCGCCUGAAGCUGGCAGGCCAGGACAACGACCAGCCGCUGCCGGUGGCCUUCGCGGACAUGAUUCCCACCUUCCGCACAUCAUGGAGCAGGUGGCGGCCAACGGCGGCGCUGUGAAUCCGGCCCUGAUCAACAACAACCCCGUGAUCAACGACGAUGCCCUGAUCAACAACAACGGCGGCGAGCAGGAGGAGGAGGAAGGGGCGGCGGGCAGCAGCAGCGAGGAGGAGAGUGAGGCGGAGGAGAGCGUGGAGGAGAGCGUGGAGGAGGAGGAGGUCGCGCGGCCGGCGCCCCUGGCCCUCCCCAUGCCCGUGUCCAUGCCUGCCGCCCCCGCCCCCGCUGGCCCGGUCGCCGAGGAGCCCGUGCCCGCCGCCCCCGCCGCGGCGGGCGCCGCUGCGGGCACUGCCGCGGGCCCCGCCGCAGCAGUCUCCUGCGCCCCGGCGGCUGGUCUGGCGGAUGUGGUGGCUGGCCUGGCGGAGGUGGUGGCUGAGCUGGCGGCGCUGCGGGUGCAGGAGAGCCGUCCAACCAUGGCUCACCACGCACCCGCCACCCGCGCCCGCGCCGCUGUCGUCCCUGACUACAAUGAGAACGGCUCCGGCUGGCGCACCGUGCGGCCCGGCGCCCUCGAGGCCCACGACUCCGCCCUCGCCUAUGACGCCGACGUGUGGGCCGAGCGCCUGCUGCGGGCGCACGCGCCAAACCUGCUCAAGUGCGGCGGCGGCGUCACCUACGCGCGCGCGCUGAGCGUGCCGCGCGGCCCCCACACCAGCACGGUGUGGUGGCACCUGGGCGCUUACCAGGACGUCUCGCGCCAGGACCGCUGCUGGGUGGAGCUCAAGAACCGCGGCCAGACCGUGCUGGUCAAGCGGCCCGGCGCGAACGGCUCGGUGCCGCUGCCGGUGCGGGACGCCCUGGACAUCCAGCGGGUGGCGCGCCAGCUGUACGACUUGAUGAAGGAGGUGGCUCGCCACAACGGUGGCGUCGACAGCGACAGCGACCGUGAUGACGGAGGGCGCCGCGGCCGUGGCCUCGGCGGCGGUGGCGGCGACGGCGCUGGCGCACGCGGCGUGGACGCCGUCACCAUGGCUGAGCUCAUUGCACAGGUCAGGAGCCUGACUGCCGAGGUCGCGCAGUUGAAGACCGCCGCAUCCCAGGCGCCUGCUGCGGCGGGCGUAGCGCGCUGAGGCCCCAGCAUCGCAAGCGAGCAAGGACUGCUAGCGCCGCCACAUACGCGGCCGGCUAUGCACGGGUGGGGCCGUGCGUGGGGCUCACUUGCUGUGUGCCAAUCAGCGGGUCAAGCGUGUGACUGGCCCUGCCUAGGGCCGUGCCUCAGUAAGAGCGCUGAUGAGCUAGCUUGUGCCGCCACACGGGCACUUGCUCGGCGGGCUGACCUGCCUUGAGGAUUGAGAGGUGCUGUGAUUGCAGUUGCCCUCCUAGAAGGACAGCUAUAGUUUAAAGUGCAUCGCACCGCCAGUGAGUUGCCGGUUGAACUGCAUGCAUGCAGCAUCAGGCAGGGGAACGUGUAUGAUGGGGGAGGGUUGAGUUCGGGGAUUCUGAAGUUACUGAGUUUACAUGGCAAGUAAGGGAGGAUGUACGGAUUGUUGUAUGGUUUGCGACGAUUGCGGUGCAUGCAGAUGGGAGUGGGGGAUGGGAGAUGGGAGUGCAUGACACGCAUGCACGGCGCCGCACCGUCGUGGCCCGCCCCCCCUACUGGCACCACGUACGCACACCCGUGACCGGAACCCACUGCAACCCGUGACCUGCGAUCCCGCCGUCUCUCUGGUGCUUCAACCAGGUCAACGUGCUUAUAUAACUUACGACGCGUA